AUGAGUAUUAGGACUUCUAAGACCCAUCUACAUCACGCGCAACAACAACUUAAACACAGCAUAAGCAAAAUAGAACUGGAUUGCUUUAUCUGCAAGCAAGACUGCCUCGGCCAGAGAAUUAAAAAAGAACGCGAAACAAUACAAACAUCUAAGCUCGAGAGACUAAAAUACCAACAAAUGCAGAAGCUGGGAAUAGAUUUAAACAACGAUUGGUUUGUAAACAAAACGGACAUAGAUUUCCCAGUAGAAACAAAGUGGCUGCUGUCAUUAGGCAGGAAAUUCACACUACCCACAACGAAGACUAGUUUCCCACCGAUUCGAAUGAUUGCAGAAAUUGAACAAAUCAUACAACAAGAAAAGGAUGACAGAGUCAAGGAAAUUGCAAGAUGCAAACUCAGCAAUAAUAUAAUACAAUUUAAACGGAAUAUAAGGCACAACUCAGCAGAAAAAUUUAUAUUAGAAACAUUCAAUAAGACCAAAACUUUCUUAAAGUCGCACAAAGACGAUAUUAUCUUAACAGACGCAGAUAAGGGAAACAAAACAGUGGUAAUGUACAAAGAGGACUACACAGAAAAGAUGAACAAACUACUUGAUGACAAAAACACGUAUAAAAUAGUAAGAAACGAUCCAACAAAUGCGCUACAGAGGAAGAACAACACCCUGGUUGACGAAUUGUACAAAAGCAAAAUUAUUGACUACAGAGGUAAACAACAACUCGUAUGCACAGCAGCGAUUGCACCACGACUUUACGGAUUACCAAAGAUCCACAAACCUGACUUGCCCUUAAGGCCAAUUUGUUCGUCCAUCAAUGUUCCGUGUUAUGGUUUGUCCAAAUAUGUAGGUAAGAUUCUCAGUAAUCUCAUCUCUGAGGAAUACAAUAUAAAAAAUGCGUUCAGAUUGAAAGAUAAACUGGAUAAAGUAAAAGAUAAUAAUUAUUUCGCGUGCAACGAAAAAUUCUACAUUCAAACCUUUGGAAUGCCAAUGGGAAACCCUCUCUCACCCACAAUUGCUGAUAUUAUAAUGGACGAUUUACUGAACGCAACUUUGAUAGAACUUAAAGAAAUCUAUAAAAUUGAUAUACAAUUUAUAGUAAAAUAUGUGGAUUAG